AGCAGCGGGUAUUGCGGUGGAAAGGUCAAGGGGCAGGGUCAGACCCUGGCUUGUGGUCCCCGAGACCCCCAGCACCCGCCCAAGCUGUGGUUGCCUUGUGUUUUGACAUCCAAAUGGAUAUUCCUCGUCCAGGAACAAAUUUGCCACCUGGGCGUACCAGUCAGAAUCCACCAGCAACAUUACAAGGAUCAGGACGUCCUCCCCAUCGCAUACCCAAGGAUACAUAUCCAGUUUCCCCAACUGACUGCUCAGUCCCAUCACCCAAAUAUCCAGGGGCUGUCCAAGCCGGAUUUCCUAUACAGAAUCAACCAGAACAUAAUCAUCAGCCAGGUGGACCCAUAGGGGUAUUGUGGGCACCAGCACCAUCACCUCCACUGUCCUGCCCACCUGGACUGGAAUAUUUAAGUCAGAUAGAUCAGAUUCUGAUUCACCAGCAAACUGAACUUCUGGAAGUCUUAACAGGCAUCGAAACAAAUAACAGAUUUGAAAUUAAGAACAGCCUCGGGCAGAGAAUUUACUUUGCAGUAGAAGAUACUGAUUGCUGCACCCUAAACUGCUGUGGAUCAGUGAGACCUUUUACCUUGAGGGUUCUUGAUCAUUUAAACCGCGAAGUCAUAACCAUGCAGAGGCCGUUGAGAUGUGAUGACUGUUGUUUCCCUGGCUGCCUUCAGGAGAUUGAAGUCCAGGCUCCUCCCGGUGUUCCAGUAGGUUACGUUAUUCAGACAUGGCACCCCUGUCUGCCGAAGUAUACUGUUCAAAAUGCGAGGAGAGAAGAUGUAUUAAAAAUUACUGGCCCCUGUGUUCUGUGCAAGUGCUGUACAGAUAUUGAUUUUAAGAUUAAAUCUCUUGAUGGAAAAUCUACAGUUGGCAAGAUUUCCAAGCACUGGACUGGGUUCUUCAGAGAAGCUUUCACAGAUGCAGACAACUUCGGGAUCCAGUUCCCUUUGGACCUUGAUGUGAAAAUGAAAGCUGUGAUGCUUGGCGCAUGUUUUCUCAUUGACUUCAUGUUUUUUGAAGAUUAUUGAAAAUAGGAACAAAAGUCAAGAGCAUGGUAGUGGAAUGACGAAUGAAAAAAUCCUCAGAAAAACUGAAACCUGUAACUGAGACUAUACAAAAGAAAAUUCAGUGGUUGUCUUUUCUUUAUGGAAAUCACUCACAGCUGUAAAAAUAAAGCCAUGAUGGCUUUAGCUUCA